AUGUCGACAUUUUAUUUAAUUUUUCUAUUUAGUAAUUUUAUAUUAGUUAAAUGUAAAAUAGAAAGUUUUGAUGACGAACUUCUCCCGCAACGUAAUUUCGUCUACUGGCCAAAUGCAACAGUGCCGUUUUAUAUAAAUUCUGAUCAUUUUGAUGCUGAACAAUCCCUAUCAAUUUUGUCCUCCCUGUCUCUCUUCGCGUUCAAAACGUGUCUCAAGUUCGCGCCAGUGAUGGCUGAACCUGUCAAUCAUCAUGUCCUUUUAAUUGAAAAUCCCAACGGAAGACGAAAAUGCGAUGUGAACAACGAAGCUCAUAGUUUUGAAGAACCUCAUCGCCUGACUCUUGGCUACGAGUGUCUUAAGUCACCAGACAUAGACAUGAUGAUAAUGAGGGCACUAGGCUUUCCCUUCGAACAUAAUCGGGCCAGUCGCGAUGUGUUCAUUGAUGUGCAGUUCGAGAAUAUUGAAUCAGCGCGGCGUGGCCAGAAAAACGACCGGCACUGUUUUGCAAAUUUAAGCCUUGGUGUCCAAGGCUACAGGGACACUUAUGAGAAGUACAUAUGGGCUAAGCGGAGGCUGAUGGAAAUGCGAAGUGUUUUAGGGUCCAAAAGGAUGCCAGUGUUUGGCAAAUGA